AGAAAAGAACGGGAAAAGCAUAAAUAGCAAAACAAAAGUUGAAAGGUAUUUGAGGAAUCCCACUUCACUACCAAAAUGUGUUUGACCCAAGUCGUAUGAUUCUGGCAAAUGGAGUCAAGCAUCUUGGAGUCAGUGGGUACUGAGAUCAUCGGAGUUAUGUCUCCGGUGUCUCUUUGCAUGCUUCUGGUUGUUCUUUUAGUUUAUUCCCUCUCUUCUUCCAAUCCCCUUUCUGAACCUCCCAUUCGCACUGCUGCCAAUCUCGUCUACAUCGAAAACCCUCUAGACUCCACCACCCAGAAGCUCGAAGGUGCCCUCCUCAACGCCUUGGUCUUUGUUGUUCUUAUUGCCAUCGUCACCUUCUUGCUUGUCAUCCUUUAUUAUUACAAUUUCACCAACUUCUUGAAGAAUUACAUGCGCUUCUCCGCCUUCUUCGUAUUGGGUACAAUGGGUGGUUCUAUCUUUUUGUCAAUCAUUCAGCAUUAUACGAUACCUGUUGAUUCUAUAACAUGUUUUGUGCUGCUUUUCAAUUUUACUGUUGUGGGUGUGUUGUCGGUGUUUUCGGGUGGGAUACCCAUUGUGUUGAGGCAAGGGUAUAUGGUGUGCUUGGGAAUUUUUGUGGCAGCUUGGUUUACGAAGUUGCCAGAGUGGACUACAUGGACUUUGUUGGUGGCAUUAGCUGUUUAUGAUUUGGUCGCAGUUUUGGCACCUGGUGGCCCACUUAAGUUGUUGGUGGAGUUGGCCUCAAGCCGGGAUGAGGAGCUUCCUGCUUUGGUUUAUGAAGCUCGGCCAACUGUUUCGAUUAGUGAGAGAACUCAAAGGUCUGGUAUGGGCCCCUUGGUUGGUGGGGUUUCUGAUUCUGGGUCUGUGGAGUUGCAGGCUGUGUCUAGGGACAAUGUGGAUCAAAGAGAAAACUGUGGGAAUCCUGAGUAUCCUGUGCUGAAUGUGAAUAGUUUUGGGAGUGUGGAACAUGAAAGGAAUGACGAUGCAGUGGAGAGGCUGCCGUUGGUGGGUCAUUUGAGGGAAGGAUAUGGAUCAAGUAGUGGUUCAUCAUCUGAGUAUUCAACAGUGAUUGUCAAUAGGGAAAAUGAGAUUGUUGUGGAGGAGGAGAUGUCACCUCUUGUUGAUAGGAAUGGGUCGGGGGAGCCAACAAGGAGGGAUGGCUUGGAGGACAGCAUGGAAGUGAGUAGAGGUAUCAAACUUGGUCUUGGAGACUUUGUUUUUUACAGUGUUCUUGUGGGGAGGGCUGCUAUGUAUGAUUUGAUGACAGUAUAUGCUUGUUACCUGGCAAUUAUAUCUGGACUUGGGUGUACUCUGAUUUUGCUGUCUGUGUGCCGUCAAGCUCUUCCUGCCCUUCCUAUAUCUAUUACAUUGGGUAUACUAUUUUACUUCUUGACUCGGUUGUUGAUGGAACCUUUUGUUGUUGGUACAGCAACAAACUUGAUGAUGUUUUGAUUCUUAAUUUUUUGAAAAUGAUUGCAGUGUAUAAAGAAAUGAAAUUUUUAUUGACAUGAGUUUUCCAUAUGUAGUGGAAAUUGUUCACUCAUGAUCAAUCUUUCUUUAGUGCUUAUGUAAGCUUCCCCUAAUUUGUGUUGUGACCAGAUAGUACAGCAUAUUGAAGACAAUCUGGUAAGUAGCUUUUUUGGCCAUAUAUAAAAUUUAGAACUGAUGAUUAAGCUUUGACUUGA